UAUUUUGGCAUUUUUAUUCUGAAUUGCAACAGAGGGUAACAAUCAUUUUCAAUUGUAGGACCGCCAAGACACAGUCGCAUCAUAUGCCCCUUGAAAGAUUGCAAAAGGUCAUUUACUAGAUACAGUCCUUUACAUACCCAUCUACAACUUGACCAUCAAAUACAUAUUGAAAGUGAAGAAAUAUCAUUUUCUUCUAUUAAUGAAUUUAAAACAUGGAAAGAUGACAUGGAACAAUGUCAUUUCUACAGAUAUGUAAAAAACAGUACAGGGUACAAAAUGAAAAAUGGGCACAAAGUGAUAUAUUACAACUGCCAUCGUUCAUAUGCUUAUGAAGAGAAGAAAGGUGCAUUCCAAAAGACAAGCAAAAAAAUUGGAUAUGCUUGUCCAGCACGUAUUGUCUGCACAAUAUGUAAUGAUGGUCAAGUAAACAUUGAAUAUUUUAAGACCCAUGUGGGCCAUGAGAUUAUUCUAAAAUAUUUGCCACUCGACCAACAUUCAAAAAAUCUCAUCAAAGAUAAAAUUUUAGCUGGAGUUGAAGACGAUAUCAUUAUGGAAAGUGUUCGUGAAGCUUCAUUUAACAACGAAUUACCUUUGAGAGCUUCUCUGAUCACAAAAAAAGAUAUACGGAACAUCAAAAACCGAGUUUUACCAAAACAGGCGACAGUACUAUUAACAAAUCAGGAAAAAGAACUUUGUAGGACGGAAGAAAAAUCUGAAGAGAUAAAUAAUUUAGAAGAACCGGUUACUAGCUAUUCUGAUGAUGUAGAUGCUGAAGAUAUAGACUAUGAUUUUUUGACAGAAUUAAUGCGCGAGAUUAUGAAAAAAAUAGAAAACAGGCAGGUCUCUGAUAUAAAUUUAUGCAUAAAAAAUUUACUCAAUACACUCAAUCAAAUGUGAUUAUAAAAUCAAUCAAAAAGGAAAUGGUACAAUUAACACUAAUAAAAAAAGGAGCACCAAGGAGUGGAUACCAGUAA